AAUAAAAAUUAAAUAUACAUUUCUACAAGGAUGAAAUGUUAACCAAUAGUUACUUAACAAGUCUAUCGUAGCGAAGUGUAUAAUAUAAGUAGGUGUUUAUAGUUGUAUAUAUAAUAUAUAUGUAAACUUACAUAAUAUAUUAAAAAGUAUAAGCUACUUGUUGUUUUACAUUCUCGAAAAAUUAGAAGAUAAAACUUUAUAAUGGAAAGUGAUGAAGUAAAUAUUAUAGCAGAAGAAGAUGAAAAAUCCAUUUUAGGAUCUGUUUCAGAUUUUAUUGAAGGAAAAGGAUGGUAUAUAUUGACCUUUUGUAUUAUAUUAAUUUACAUAGUCUCUAAAUUGUGGCCUUAUUAUGAAAAAUGGUUAACUCAAAGAAGAGAAUCUGCACAUGAAGCUGAAAUAAAAAAAAAUCCUGAUUUAUACAAAAAAAAACAAGAAGAGUUACAAAAAUCCAGAACUAAAUUUCAAGAAGAGUAUGAAAAAAAAGCAAAACUGGCUUUAGAAAAACAAAAAGAGAAAGAAAAAAAAAUACUAGAAGAAAAACAGGCAUCAUUAAAUAAAACUUCAUUGGGACAUACUAUAAAUGAUUCUGAAAGAUCAAAACGUUUUAGACCAGAAUACAAUCCUUUAAUGGGAUCUGGUAGUGGUUCAAAUUACAGACCUCCAAGAAGAAGUCCAUGCUCUGGAGGUGGAUGCGGUUAAUAAUAAAAUUAAUUAAAUGAAUAAACCUUUGUUAAAACAUUUAUUUAUUAUUGAAUGUUAAAAAUAUAUUAUUCUUAAUAAUAAAUAUAAUAAAAAGUUGAA